UGCCUGCUCUCCCCGUGCCGCCCUCCUCUCGCUUUUUGUUCCCCGGGACUUAUAAAGAAAGAGAGGGACCUCCACCCCCUAACAGCACCACCGCCCCCCUCCUUCCGGCUGCGCCUGUUAGGGAAUCCAGCCUGAGCGAGACUUCACUGCGUUAGCCGGCCUGCCAGCGUGCCGAAGCAGGACGGACGAUGUCGGGACAGUCCAUCACGGAUCGCAUCGCGGCGGCUCAGCACAGCAUGACCGGCUCCGCCGUCAGCAAAGCCGUAUGCAAGGCCACGACGCACGAAGUCAGCGGGCCCAAGAGGAAGCACCUCGACUACCUGAUCCACUGCACCAGUGAGAUGAACGUGAACAUCCCCCAGAUGGCCGACACAGUCUUCGAGAGGACAGCCAACAGCAGCUGGGUUGUGGUGUUCAAGGCCCUCAUCACAACCCAUCACCUCAUGAUGUACGGCAACGAGAGGUUCAUCCAGUACCUGGCCUCGCGAAACACGCUCUUCAACCUGAACAACUUCAUAGAUAAAGGGGCCUUGCAAGGCUAUGACAUGUCCACCUUCAUCCGACGCUACAGCCGGUACCUGAACGAGAAAGCGCUCUCCUACAGGCUGGUGGCGGUGGAUUUCACCAAGAUGAAGAGGGGCGUGGAUGGAGUGAUGCGCACCAUGAACACGGAGAAGCUGAUGAAGACCCUCCCCAUCAUCCAGAACCAGCUGGAUGCCCUGCUGGACUUCCAGGCCAACCCCAAUGAGUUGACCAACGGCGUGAUCAACGCCGCUUUCGUACUCCUCUUCAAGGACUCAAUCCGCUUGUUCGCUGCCUACAACGAGGGCGUCAUUAACCUGCUGGAGAAAUACUUUGAUAUGAAGAAGAACCAGUGUAAAGACGCCCUGGACAUUUAUAAGAGGUUCCUACUCAGGAUGACCAAGCUGUCCGAGUUCCUCAAAGUGGCAGAGCAAGUUGGAAUUGAUCAGGGUGACAUCCCCGAUCUGACGCAGGCCCCCAACAGCCUCUUGGAGGCCCUUGAGCAGCACCUAGCCUCUCUGGAGGGGAAGAAGAUAAAGGAGUUCACCGCAGCCAGCAGGGCCUCCACCCUGUCCACCGCCGUGUCCUCGCUGUCCAGCACCGGCAUGUCCUUCAGCCGUGUGGACGAGAAGGAAAAGCAGCAGGCGCUGGAAGAGGAGCAGGCCAGGCUGCAGGCCCUCAAGGACCAGCGGCUGAAGGAGAUUCGCAUGCAGACCUCCCCCAGCUCACAGUCUGUAGGCACCACCAACAACCACAGUGCUGCCAUGGAUCUCUUCUCCACCUCCACACCUACCACCAACUGCGGUCCAGACCUCACUAGCGACCUGUUCGAUCUGCAGCCAGCCUUCAUCCCGGCAAUACAGAGCACCCCGUCCAUCUCUGCCAUGCCCAGCAAUGCCUGGGGAGGUCUGGAGACCCUCCCUGUCCAGCAGACUGCUCCCAAGCCUGCCAUCAGUGUAGAUUUUGAUGCUGUUUUCUGGACUAGUGAGGCCAAUAAUGACGUGGAGCCUGCUGCUGGUGAUUUACUGAAGCCCACACUGCCCUCGCAGAACCAGGCUCCCAUGAUGCCGCUGUACACGGGAGGCAAGCUGCUACCGAGUGACCUGGACUCCUCCCUGGCCAGCCUCGUGGGCACUCCGCUCUUCCCGCUGUCUCCCGCAGAUCUGCACUUUGGAGGAUCCUCAGCCAAAAAGCCGGACAUGCAGUGGACCCAUCCGGGCGAGAAGAAGCUCACCGGGGGCACCGGAUGGCAGUCGAAGGCCCUGGGCGGCCACGCCUCCACGGCCUGGGCCCCCACGCCCAUGGCACCUGCGCCUGUGCCCCUGGCCCACAUGAAUGGAAUGUUCUAUGCUGGUUACGCUCCCGCCCCCAUGCCGUUUCCCAUGACGACGCCUCAAGUGCCUGUGUAUGGAAUGGUGCCGCCCCAGAUGGGCCAGGUGGCUGGGGUCCCCAUGCUGGCCCCGCAGCCUCUUGUAUACAACCAGCCUGUACUCAGACCCACUAACCCUUUUGCCCCCAUCCCAGGACCUCAGAUCCAGUUCAUGUAGUGCUGCCCCCAUCCCCCCCCCCUCGCCCCCCUCCUCCGCUGGGUGUGGGGCUGGACGGGAGAUGCCAACAGACCAGCGGAUGGUGGACGAACAGCAGAACGACACCAAAACCAGGGCAGGGAGCGGGUGGGGCGGCAGCAGAGCAGCCCCAGAGCGUGAGGUGGCCCCACUGACCCCCCCUGACCUCGCUGACCUCGGUCCAUGCCUGCUUGUCCGCAGUCCAGCAGACUCGUCCUUUACAGACUUCGUUUUUACAUGAGUGGGGAGGGGGAGGGAUGGGGAGGGUUGACUCUUGUACGAACGUGGUUGCUGGGUUAGGGGAGUAGUUAUGGGUACAGGUCAGUGCUACUUGGGUUUUGUUUUUUGUUAUGUACUUGUGUCUGCUUCUCUCCUCGUCCUCCUGUGAGGACCCCGGGGCCGCCGGGGGUCUCAGCCUCCAGGUGGGGGCCCCGAGGCGGGUAAGACCACAGCGUAGCUGCGGCUUGCUCCUGUUGCUCAGGAUCGCCGUCUGCCCGUUUCUGCUCUUCCAUCCCGCCAGCUUGGAGUUUCCACCUUCGUGGAUAAAUGUUUGUCGGUAGCGAGUCGGGAGUACCGGAACUGGUUUUUCUGACCUCUGAGCAUUUUUUGUGUGUGACUGUGUUUGUGUGUGAGAGACUGAGAGGAUACACCUCUGUUGCGAUGUCUUGCUGCUGGUCGUCAAGGACUGUGUCGGGGAUUGGAUGCCCGUUCAGAGUUGAGGACUUCUGUGACCUCAUGUCCCCUAAACCGCCUUCAAAGCCCUGUCUAAUGGGGAUGUUUCUUUACUUUCCUUUUUCAUUAGAGUAACUUCCAAAGGGCCUCUGUAUGUGAAUUUACUCUCCCAUCCUUAUCCAAUAAGGAAAAGGGGCUUCAGCAAAGAGGUGUGGCUUUCAGAAGUAGGUGGAGCUCUAGGGAAUGAAGUUGUCAGGUGCUGCUAUUCAACAUGAGGAACAUGUUCUUGGUAAUGAUAGUCAUAUGAAAAUGGAUUUUUUUUUUCUUCUGCUUUUGUCUUGUUCUGGGUGAUGCGAGCAUGCCCAUCGAAAGGGGAUGAUCUAAAACAGGAGAUGUUUGUGUGGCUCACAGCAGGGUAGUGGGUCAGCUGAGAGGAUUGUCUGCGAGUGUGAAAAUGCCCACUUAUUUUGUGGUUUGCCAAUGAGGAAAGUGAAACCAGUUCCGUCAUCGUCCAGCCCGUGGUGCCGUUUCCAUUAUGUUAAAUCUUAAUGGAUUCCAGACCGACCUAUGCAGCCUGGGAGAUGGGGGGGUUGGGGGUAGGGAGGGCCUUGGGGAAGCUCCUGCCUUUUGAGUUGCAUGGUCUGUGUUGUGUUGCUGUUUGGAUGCCUUUUUAAAACGAAGCAUGAUGCGUAUGUAGUCGCGUUACCUCGUCUAAGUGUGGACUCCUUGUGGUUUACCGACGAUAUGCUGAACGGAUGGCCAGACGUUGCAGUCCAACGUGACGCUCGAGCGCUUUUUGCCUGCUCUCAUAUAGCUACCUUUCUGACCCAUUUGUAGCAAAUCUCGUCUGACAGGGUAGCCAGUUCCCGCUCACCGGGUCAUACACGACAAUGUCAUUCACACCACCAGAACAAUAUGUUGCUGAGAUAUGUGAGGUGUAGUCGCAUCACACAUCGUCUUUGCACAGAUGGUCAGUUUCUGUAUCCAAAUGGAUUCUUUUGGUGUCUAAUUCUGUAGCUCCACCUGUUGGCUACAUGGUGUAAGGAAUCGAAUUGUACGCUCGUUAUCUUCUGUUACUCAUACCAGUGCUGAACUUUCCGUCCCUAUUCUGCUGAGAAGCUUUGGGUCACUGGUUUCCUUCCAGCAGCUGGGCUAGAGAUCUCACAGCAGCCUGGAAUCUCAGAAUGCUCUUCUCCUGGAUGCUUUCCUGUCAGAUUUGUCGUCGUUAUGAUUAUUUUUCCCCUCCUUGAACUUUUUUGCACGUUUUGGCACCCCCCCCCCCAAACUAGGUUGAAUCGAACUGUUGCCUCACAUCGUAUGUGUGCCUGUGUCAUGCAAUCCAGUGUUCGAAAACUUGUUUUCUGUGUGUGAGAUAUAUUUUGCUCUUUGUGUGUUUUAAGAAUGGUACAGGGCCAAUGUUCUGUCUCAUGCAGUGGGGGAGGGACGGCCCCCCUCAGCCCUGUCCAUCUCUGAUGCCAAACGAGUCCUCGGCCAGCAGGGAGGCCGGGCCCGUGCCUCAUUCCCCUUUUCUACGUCCUUAUUUAUAAGAGAAGGAAUAUCAAGGUUUGAAUUAGCAGUGACAAGCAUAUUGCAAAAAAAAAAAGAACAAAAAAAAUCAUGGGCUUUUAUUUUUAUGCAUAUAGAUUUCAUAUUGGGUCACACACAGUUUUGUUUUUUGAACAAAAGUAAAAUAAAGUCAUUUGCCAUUCCUAAA